GGAUACGCUGCCGACGAUGGCAUUUGUAUUUCUUCCUUCGUUCGCCUGGCCCCAGAAGGACUCGAUGGACUCGUCGUCGGCUGCGCAUAGCAUCACGCUCGACCCGACGGACUCGCUCGCGUUCGCGCUCGCGCUGGGCAGCUCGCCGCAGGCCGCGCUCGUCAUCUCCAACCCGAGCAGCGUCGAAAACGUGGCCUUCAAGGUCAAGACGACGCGGCCGAUGCGGUACCUCGUGCGGCCCAACCAGGGCGUGAUCGGCCCCAACAGCUCGGCCACCGUGCUCGUGAUCUUGCAGCAGAAGGACUGCGACGAGCUCCUCCGCCUCGACGCGUCCGAGCGCCAGCUCUCGAACGACAAGUUCCUCGUCCAGUCGGUCGGCGUCGACGCUGAAUUUUGCGACCUCCUGACGAAAAAGUCGGCCAAGGAGGUCAUGGACGACCUCACGACGCUCUGGGCCAACGCCGAGAAGAAGACGAUUAGCAACAAGAAGCUCCGGUGCCGCUUUGUCGAAGGCAGCAGCAUGGACGUGAGCACGCCGAGCCAGCUCACAAGCGCGCUCCUCGAGACGCCACCCGAGGCCGCGCCCAAGCCGCUCUCGACGCAGCAGUCGAUGUAUGCGUCCACCGCCGAGGACUCGAUCCGACAGGAGAUGAUGGCCGAGAUGGCUGUCUUGCGCAAGAAGUACGACGAGCUCGUGGCCUUUACCGUGCAAUUGACGGCGCAGCGCGAUACCCUCAUGGGCGACCUCGACAAGUCGCGCCAGCAAAACCAGAAACUCACGACCGAGCAGCAGCGAUUGAAGCGGCAGACGUCGGACAUGGUCGACCUUGCGCCAGCAAGGCCCAGGGCAGCGCCGACGACGCGACGACGACCACCGGCAACGCGUCGCCCGCGCGCGCGCCUGUGGCAGCCACCAAGCCGCCUCUCACAUUAUUUCACGUUCUCAUCUGCGCGAUCCUCUGCUUCCUCAUCGGUCGCUACUACGGCUAGCUAACCACAAGUCGUCGUCCGGUGCUCCUCCGAGUGGUCUCUUGCGCACCAAUAUAAGCGUAUCGACUUGGUCGUUUUGCCUUGGCC